AUGGUAUUUCUCUUUCAGCGGGUCCGCUACGCCAUCCCCGAGGAGCUGGGCAGAGGCUCGCUCGUGGGGCCGCUGGCGCGGGACCUGGGGCUCAGCGCGGACGAGCUGCCGGCGCGCAAGCUGCGGGUGGCGUCUGCCGGCAAGAAGCAGCUGAAAUACUUCACGGUGAACGAGGAGAACGGGAACCUGUACGUGAAUGAGAGGCUGGACCGGGAGGAGAUGUGCGGGGCAUCGCCGACCUGCUCGGUCAGCUUCGAGGCGCUGGUGCACAACCCGCUGAACGUUUUCCACGUCGAAGUGACGAUCCAGGACGUGAAUGACAAUGAGCCGCGCUUUCUGCGUAACAAAUUUGAGCUGGAGAUCAACGAACUUACUUCUCCCGGCGCCCGGUUUUACUUGGGGAUGGCAGAGGAUCCGGACGUGGGCAGUAAUUCCCUACAAGGCUACGAUCUGGAGGCCAACGGGUACUUCACGGUGGAGGUGAAAGAGAGUCAGGACGGCAGCAAAUCCGCGGAACUGGUGCUGCGCCACUCAUUAGACCGGGAGAGCGAGCCGAGACUGCAUCUGUUGCUGACUGCAGUGGACGGCGGAGACCCGCCCCGGACUGGCACCGCCCAGCUCUGGAUCAACGUCACCGACGCCAAUGACAACCCACCCGUGUUCGCGCAGGAUCGGUACCGCGUCAGCCUGCGCGAGGACACGCCUCCGGGAUCAACGGUGCUGAACAUCUCUGCCUCCGAUGCUGAUGCCGGCACCAAUGCCCACAUAACCUACGGCUUCGGAGAGAUGCCGGCCAAGGUGCUUCAGAAGUUCGUGGUGGACCCCCAGAGAGGGACGAUCACUCUGUGGGAGGAUCUGGAUUUCGAGGACACGCGCACGUUCAGCCUGGCUGUGGAAGCGAUGGAUGGAGGGGGUUUGGUGGCGCACUGCAAGGUGGAGGUGGAGGUGCUGGAUGUGAAUGAUAAUCCACCUGAGAUCGCAAUUCUGUCGCUCUCGAGCCCAGUGCCUGAGGACGCACCCGUCGGCACCGUAGUGGCUCUCUUGAAUGUAAACGACCCGGACUCGGGCGAGAACGGUCAGGUGUCGUGCGAGCUGUCGGGAGAGGAGAUGUGCGGCGAGUCGGCGACCUGCUCGGUCAGCUUCGAGGCGCUGGUGCACAACCCGCUGAACAUUUUCCACAUCGAAGUGACGAUCCAGGACGUGAAUGACAACACACCGCACUUUCUGCGAGACAAAUUUCAGCUGGAAAUAAGCGAAUUUACUUCUCCCGGGGCCCGGUUUUACUUGGGCAUGGCAGAGGAUCCGGACGUGGGCAGUAACUCGCUACAAGGCUACGAGCUGGAAGCCAAUGGGUACUUCAUAGUGGAGGUGAAAGACAGCCAAGACGGCAGCAAAUCCGCGGAGCUGGUGCUGCGCCACUCAUUAGACCGGGAGAGCGAGCCGACCUUGCGUCUGCUGCUGACUGCGCUGGACGGCGGAGACCCGCCCCGGACUGGCACCGCCCAGCUCUGGAUCAACGUCACCGACGCCAAUGACAACCCACCCGUGUUCGCGCAGGAUCGGUACCGCGUCAGCCUGCGCGAGGACACGCCUCCGGGAUCAACGGUGCUGAACAUCUCUGCCUCCGAUGCUGAUGCCGGCACCAAUGCCCAAAUCACCUAUCGCUUCGGGGAAAUGCCGGCUAAACUGCUUCAGAAGUUCACAGUAGAUGCCCAGACAGGGACGAUCACGCUGCAGGAGGCACUGGACUUCGAGAACACGCGCGCUUUCAGCCUGGCUGUGGAGGCGACGGAUGGAGGGGGUUUGGUGGCGCACUGCAAGGUGGAGGUGGAGGUGCUGGAUGUCAAUGACAAUCCACCUAAGAUCACGAUACUGUCGCUCUCGAGCCCAGUGCCUGAGGACGCACCAGUCGGCACCGUAGUGGCUCUCUUGAAUUUCUUUCUGCAGUGCCGCGAGUUCCUGCUGUUCCCCUUGCGUCUUUCCAAACCCGUGGCGCUGGCCGUGCUGGCGCGGCUGCGCCGGGCCGGGCCGCCCGCCGUGCUGCGCUGCCUGGGCGCGCAGCGCUUCUCGCUGGCCGGCGCCGCCUUCCCGGCCGACUUCUGCGAGGGCACCUUGCCCUACUCCUACAACCUGUGCGUGCCGGCGCCGGCCCGCGCCGUGCCCGAGGCCGCUUGGCCGCCGCCGCCGCCGGUGCCCAUCCUGUCGGCGGAGGAGCUGCUGGGCGGCGAUUCCUGCGAGAAGCCGAGCCUUAGCAGUAGCGCCGUGGCGGGAGAGGUCCCCACCGACACGGAUGCACCGCAGACGGGACAUUUAGUGACAGCUGCGAGGAUCGACAGAGAGCAGCUGUGCCGGCUGGUGGAGAAAUGCGUGCUGCGCUGUGAGCUGAUAGUGGAGGGACAGAUGCAGGUUUACGGAAUCGAAGUGGAAAUCACGGAUAUUAACGACAACGCACCCAGCUUUCGACAGGCAGAAAAAGAGCUCAGACUAAGCGAGACGACAGCGCCGGGGUCGCGGUUUCCCCUGGCCCAGGCUCACGAUCCUGACUCGGGCCGGAAUUCCCUGCAGAGCUACGAGCUGAGCGGCGACGAGCACUUCUCGCUGGCCGUGCAGACGGGCCCCGGCGGCGAUCAGCGUCCCGAGCUGGUGCUGGCCAAGGCGCUGGACCGGGAGGAGGCGGCGUUUCACGAGCUGGUGCUGAGGGCGAGCGACGGCGGCGAUCCGGCACGGACGGGCACGGCUCGGAUCCGCGUGACGGUGCUGGACGCGAACGACAACGCGCCCGUGUUCAGCCAGGCGGAGUACACGGUGCGUGUGCCCGAGGACGUGCCCGUGGGCUCUGUCCUCGUCACCGUCACGGCCACGGACGCCGACGAGGGGCUAAACGGGCAGGUGAAAUACAGUUUCCAUAAAAUUUCAGACCGUGCUUCAGAACUUUUUAAUCUCCACUCUGAGACAGGAGAAAUAACUGUAAAGGACGACUUGGAUUUUGAGGAAAUCUCCUCCCACGAACUUGAGGUUCAGGCACAUGAUGGAGGAGAGCUCUCUGAUACUGCAAAGGUGGUGAUCACAGUGACAGACGUCAAUGACAACGAGCCCAAGAUUUCGGUGAGGUCGGCUCUUAAACAGAUCUUGGAGGACGCCCCUCCGGGAACUGUUGUCGCCCUUUU